AAAUACCACUAUUUUCAGUUGCUCUCAGCGGGAUUGACCAAUCUGCUUCUCUCAAACUAAAAGAAAUUAACCCGACACAUUUAUCUCACACAGUGGACGCGCUCUUCUCUCAUUACCUAUGAAUUUAUUGAUUUUCUAAAAGAUUUGCUAAAAUGUUUUACUACCCGACAGUUUUAAAGCGUCACUCAGGAUGUUUCUCUACAAUCUGGCUAGUUGCUACAAAAGGCAUCAGAAUCCCUCGCCGGGAUUUCCUAAAAGUCAACGUCACAAGCACCUGCGAUGACAUCAUGAACUACGUCCUGGAGCGGGUCCCGCCACCUCGGCCUGGUCUGCCGCGACCUCGCUUCUCCCUCUACCUCUCCUCCCAGCUCCAGUAUGGCGUCAUCGUCGUCUACCACCGGCAGUGUGCCAUUCUCCUGGAGGAACUUCAGUCCAUCGUGGGCCGGCUGGUGAAACAGAAGACGUCCCAGAAAAUUGAUAUGGAUGACUCCAGCAGACAACCUCUGGACUUCCCUGAUGCCCUGUCUCUCUUGGAGGAGACAGAAGGAGCCCCAGACCCCUUAUUUGGAGUGAUGUUCAUGCCAGAUGCCACAUCCAGUCCCAAUACACUGAUAAAGAUGGGUCAGGAUUACCUGAGAGAAACCUCUCCUGAGCAUCCUGGACUGGCCAGUCCAGCUGCAGCUGCACUAGAAAUUGGCAUAACGGCAUCUCCAGACACCAUCACUCUGAGAGACACGGAGCCUGUCGCUAUCCCCGUUGCAGAGUUUGAGGGCGAGGAGCUUGCCGAUGAGCAUCCAGAUACUAUUGACUUCCUCUUGGACCAAACCGAUCACUUUCCAGAAGGAGAUUUGGAGAUACUGAGAGAAGGAGGAGAGGGUGACCUGGAGAAAGAGAGAACAAAAGAGCUUACAGGAUCCACUAUUGAAUUACAGCCCACCACUCUCUCCAGUGAAGACGCAAUGUUGUUGCCUCAGGAAGAGCCGGGCCUGUCCGUGGAGGAGCCUGGACCCCCCACAGACCAGCUCACCCCCGUCUCUGUGCCCGCUAUCCCCUACCCACCGCCUGCAGCAAAGGAACGUGAAAGACCAACGCUGGAGUUAGAGGAUUUGCCUUCCCCAGAGGUGAAGACGAGGAAGAGGAGGAAGAGGCAGCUGAUCUUCUUUGACCCGGUGACGCAGCUCUCCCAGGAGGUGCUGCAACAGUGGAUCAACAACCCUCUGACUGAGACCAGACGGCCACUUCUCCCAACGCCUUCUUCUCACAGGAUGCUCCCUGCUGCUGAGCUCCUCAACAACCCCUGCACCCUCUUGCCCAAAGAUGUGCAGUUUCUAUGGAGACGGGCUGCGACCAUCACAGCUAUCUCAGGCCCGGACCUGCAGUUCGGGCAAAGAGGGACCGAGUCUUCCGACUCUGAAAAGGAAAGACAGCGCGAGAUGAUUGAGGCGGCUGAAAGAGAGGAGGCGAGACGUGAGCUCAGCCCCAAGGAGGUCCCCAGAGAUUUGGCAGAAUCAGAGGCGUUUGAUAUUUCAGGCCAAGGAUCACUGCCACUGGAGGGCUCCUAUCCGAAAGAGGUGCCUCGAGAGAUCUCCCCCAUGUACACCCCUGAGAGAGAAGGGUCCACUGUCUCCAGGUCUGUUUCUGUGCUGCAGGACAUCCCAGAGGUGGUUGACGAGUUUCUGGAGUCUCUUGGGCUGCUGCCGGAGUUGCCCAGACAUGAAGCGGCACCUGUGCUUUUUCAUUCUCUCCUACCGCCCGAGGUCGACCGCAGAACUGUCAGCAACACUUUUCAGAGGCUCCUGGAAACUUUAUCGGCCAGGAAGGUGCAUGCGGAGCAGGCCGAGCCUUUUGGUGACAUAUUGAUAUUACCUGUACCCGAGUAUGAAGAGGAGCAUCUGUCUUUGUGACGCGUACACGAUCACACAUGACAAGUCCCCCCUGAGCCUCCAAAACAAACGUUGUUCAGUCUGAUAGAAGAUUAUUUGUCUGUUUCUUACAUUUCCUGUGUUCACUCUCUCAGGAAGAAGAAGAUCUGGAUUUAAGCAGUAUAAAAGUCAUAAAAGUAUGAUGUUUUGUUAGCGAUCACUUCAUGAGAUUUGUUAUUGGUGUGGCUUGUUGACAUGUUUGAAAUUAUUGAAGUUGUUACCUGCUGUUUUUAUAGAAUUCCAAAAGUAUCAGAAAGCAAGUUUUAAAGUAUUGGUCCCUUUUGCUACGGUGGCCAAUAAGUUGAAUCAACUCCAUGAUAUUUCAGAUAAAUAUUUUAACUGUUUAUAUAUAUAUAUAUAUAUUGUAAGACCUGCAUGGUAUUCUGCACUGAAAAGAAACAUCCACCUGUCUGUUCAGGUAAUGUGUCCCUUUGAACAUGAACUACAAAAUAAAAACUUU